AUGAAAACAAAAUAUCUGCUAUUAGGAAUAGCUAUUGUUACUCUUUUUUUAGUUAGCGGAAGCUUACUAGUAUAUAAAAGAGUAGUAGACGAAUAGUAUGAAGUAGAAUUUUCACAAAGAGCAUCUAUAUUUGCUUGGGCAACUAGAUGCUCUAUCGAUGGCUUAUAGAGUUGGACUUGUGGUUAGCCUUGUGAAAUAAACAAAGGUGUAUAAGAUGUAAAAGCUUUCUAUAACUCAACUCAUCAGAUUCAAGGUUAUACGGCCUAUGACUCCAUGGAAAAUAAUAUAAUCGUUGCCUUUAGAGCAACAACUACUAACUUAAACUGGUUGUUGGAUUUUGAUUUCUUUAAAAUCAAAUACCCAACAUGUGUAGGAUGUUAAGUUCAUAGAGGUUUUUUAAUAGCCUGGAGAGAUCUUUAAAACUCUGUUUUGAAAUCCACAAGUGAUUUGGUUUAGAAAUACCCUAAUGCAACACUUUCUGUGAUUGGCCACUCUCUAGGAGGAGCUCUUGCUAUCCUUGGUGCAAUUGAUAUUCAUUUAAGUGUCAAAGCAGUUGAUUUCGUUUACACUUUUGGUUAGCCAAGAGUCGGAAAUAAAGAAUUCGCUGCUUUCUUUGAUCUCAAUAUAGGAAACUCUUAUAGAUUAAUACAUGAUAGAGAUCUUGUACCUCACUUACCUCUUCAAAAGUAAGGUUUUUAUCAUCAAGGAACAGAAGUUUGGUAUAAUCAAAAUUCUACAAGUUAUACUGUUUGCGAAAAAUACUUAGAAGAUAAAUCUUGCAGUGAUAGGCUUAAGUCAUACACUAUGGACGACCACGAUUUAUAUUUAGGAAGAGAUAUUAGCGCAGACUGUAACUGA